GUCUCUAUGAGCUCGAUCCCUCCAAACACGACUCCGCACGAAACUAUCCCUACCCAAUAUGAACGAAACGAUCGCCGAUAUUGUCAGACUUCCGUACAUCGAUGAGGUAGCGUUGCGCAUUACGAAUGCUUUCUUCAACCUGCUCACGACAACCUACAAUCCAAAACACUGGACGUCAGCACUGUUUCUCGCUCUUGCUUUGGGUAUUAUUGUAUUGGGUAGUUUUUCAUCGGUUGAACGGCCCCAUAAUGCUUUACCCCCGAACAGAGACCACCCGCUAUUCGACCAGUCAGACAAGGAUAUCACGAUUCUCCACCAGGAGGAGCAGACAAUCACGGUGAAACAUGCAGCCUUGGUACCGAUCAUUGGGGGUACCACAUUGAUGGGAUUGUAUUUAGGCAUCAGAUAUCUCACCCCGGAGCAGCUCAGCAAGGCUUUGAACUACUACGUCAUCUUUGUCAGCUUUGCUGCUAGCUCCCGCACAUACUCCUUCGCGGUAAAGCUGAGCGUGCGAAACGUGGCACACUGGCUCGGAUUCGAUUCUUUGAAGGUUCUUGAGAGAUAUAGAUUGACAUUUUCCAUUGAUGACGAAAUCAAUCCCUCUGGCUUGGCCGAAAAUGAAAAAUUCCAGCACUACAACGAGACGGCAAAAGCCGACAAGGAAGCAGAGGAAACUAGCAAGCCGUCGGGUAGUUGCGUUCCCGAGGCCACAAACGUCUCUGUUCCAAACCAAAUCUUCAACUACUACUUCUCCUCUGCCGAUUUGUUGGCUGUGCCGUUGGCGUUUGCCACGUCCUACGUGUAUUACCACUACCACGGCAACCAGAACUUUAUCUUGAGCAACGUUAUCGGGAUAAACUUUGCUGUUUACGGGAUCCAGAUCGUUAAACUUGGCAGCUUCAAGGCUGGUGUGGUGCUCUUGUUCGGCUUGUUUCUCUACGACAUCUACUUUGUGUUUGGUACGGAUGUUAUGAUGACCGUGGCCACAAAGCUAGACAUUCCAGCCAAGUUGAUGCUUCCAAACAUCUCCAUCGACGGUGCCGCAAACACGCAGCUCGCCCACGACAUUGCCGACGGAAAGUUGACCUCCUUGAAAGACUUGCCUGUUGCUAUCCUUGGCUUGGGGGAUAUUGUUGUCCCGGGUAUGUUCAUUGCCUUGUGCCUCAGGUUUGAUUUGUGGAAGUACCACCAGUUUACCAGUCCAGGCACUGAGUUCCACCAUUUGAACUCAUACGCCAAGCCUUACUUUGUGUCGUCCUUGGUCGGCUACGCGGUCGGGAUGAUUGCCACCAUGGUUGUCUUACACCUUUUUGAAACCGGCCAGCCAGCCUUGUUAUACUUGGUCCCAGGGGUUGUGGGUGCGGUGCUUAUUUCCGCUCUUUGCAAAGGGGACCUCCAGCUUUUGUGGAACUUCAAAGACGGUGAAGAUACCCCAGACAUGGAGUCUGACUCGGAGGCCCCAACCUUGGCUGACUUGUUAGAUGAGGAGUACAAUGAAGAAGAAGAUGAGGAUUAUACCGAAGAUGACAAUGAUGGAGACACUGUGAUUUUGUAUGACAGUGAGGAAGAAGAGAUCGUUGCCUUGAGUGAUGAAGAAAUUGAAUUCUUCAGACAAACAACGGUAAUAACCCUUCGUUCCUAGACGCUCUUAGAGUAUAUGUAUAAAGUUAACUGAAGACAGGU